AUGGGCGGAAGGGGUAAUGCGGGGUGGGAGAAGGUACGGGGGGUUGUGCGCGGAAGGGAGCAGGGAGCAGGUGGAAGGGGAGUUGGUGCGGGUGCUACAGCAGGUGGAGAGAGAGGCAGUGGUGGUGGGCGUGUUGAAAGCUCUGUGCUUCAAGUGCGGGUGGAUGGAGGAGACUGUAGUGAAGAAGCUUAUAAGGAUCUGGGCGAGCAGAGGCGCGUGGUGGGCACGCAGCGACGGAGAGGAGGAGAGCGUGGGAUGGAUGAGGGGAGAAGGGCUGAGUGGGGGGGUGGGGGGGAGAGGGACGGGGAGGGGAAUGGAGAGAGGGGAGGAGGGGAAGGGGAGGGGGAGGGAGGGCAAGGAGGGAGGGCGGAGCGGGAGAUCUUGGAGGCGUGUGAGGCGAUGAAAGGCGCUGGCGAUGAGGUGGCGUCGUGGGAUUUGCGGUUGGGGAGGCGCGCUGCUGAGCUGGCACGGGACGUGGUGAGGAGCCUGCGGCUGCGCAUGGCGGAUCACCAGAAAGGCGCUGCAGGUGGGCGUGGGCCGGGCGGCAUGUGGGGUCAACCGUGCCUUCCGUUGAUAACUCCAUGCCUCCCUCGUUUUGCAAUCCCACCCCACCGGGUGGGUGGUGGGACCACGUCAGCCUCAGAGCCUCAGAGCAUUUCUUUCAGAUAUGCUCCUCGUUCCCUUUCUCACCCUCUCUCUACCGGUCUUCCCACGCGAGCAGGAGGGAGGGACAUGUGGGCCAUAGGAGUGUCAUGUGUGGAGGAGCCGUGGCUGGCGCUACUGGCAGAGGAGCUCGCCGCCCACCGCGACGACCUCCGGGAGGUGGCAGCGCACGUCACUGCUGUCGACGCCGCUCUUAGCAGGGCUGCUUAUAACGAGGCACAGGAGGCAGGUACAGUCGAGGGGAACGCUGCGUGUGGUGGGGCAGGAGGAGCUAGUGGGAGCAGAACGCCGGGGCGUGGGGGUCGGGGGCGGGGAGAGAGCGAUGUGGGGCCGCUGCUGGCGCGGAUGGAUAGCGACCUUCGGCAGUAUGUGGCGGAGCUGGUGGGGCAUGCGGGUGUGGCGGGCGGCGUGCUGAGUGUGCUGGAGGAGGAUUUGGACGAGGCGGAGAGGCGAGGGGAAGAGGCGGAGAACAAGGGGGGGGAGGCGGGGGAAAAAGGGGAGGCGCAGAGGAGGGGUGCAGCAGAGGUGUUGAGAGAGAAUGGGCAGGCGCGGGUGGGUCCGAGUGCAAUCAGCCGUGAAGAGAGGGGCAGGGAUGACGUGGCUGACGUGGCUGAUAUGGGUGGUGUGGGAGAUGUGAGGGAUGGGGCGAUGGAGUUGGCGGGUCAGCGGCAUGGGGACGGCGUAGGCACGAGCAGUGUGAGGGGAAUGGCGCAGGGCGGGAUGACGGAUGGAGGGAAGGGGGCAGCAGGAGAGGUGGAGCAGGGUAGCAGUGGCGAUGAAGGGUUCAAUCCCAGGAGGGCGUACUCGGGGGAGGUACAUCUGUCAGCAGAGCAAGGGGGAGGAGAGAAAUUGGCGCCAGGCGGGCACGGGAGAGAGGGGCGGAGGAGGCGAGGUGGAGGAGGCGAUGGGGAGGGGGAGGCGGCGUUGGCAGCGCUGGUGUCGGCUCUGUGGUAUGGCAGUGAGGAGGAUCAAGAAGCUGCUGCCGAGGCUGUCCUGGAGGGCUGUGACACGGGCGCCAUCACCGCCACGCUCUCCCUCGCAGCACGCAUACUGGCCGGCAAAUGGCAGCCUGCUCUCGCUGCCGCCCUCAAGCCGCUCUCCUCCCGCCGCCCGCCUGUCGUACAAUCAGCUGUCGCCACGUCACUCGUGUGCCUGGCUGUUUCUGACGAGCUGCGCACUGCUCUGGCCUCCCAGGGGCUUCUUCAGGUGGGCAGCCAGCAGGUCCAGCUUUGUGGGUGUGGCAAGAACGGCGCUGCUGCUGCAGGUGCGGAAGCCACACCGCUUGAUUCUCAGGCCGCUGCGUCUUCGCCCUCGGCCAGCUGGCGCGCUGUGAUUCGCGUUUGCUGCAGCCUUGAUGUUUCCACUACCAGCCCUCCUCCCUUCCGCACCUCCUCUUCCACCAACCAGUUGCUCAACUCUCUUCCACUUUUCCUAUGUGAUUGCAACUCCUCCCCCACCGCUCCCACCCACCAAUCCGAUCUCUACGUGUCUGGUUGUCAUUGUCAGGACGUGGAGGACGUGGAGGUGCAAGAGUCAGCCGCCCUGCUCUUCAAGAACAUGGUCUUCCGGGACCCUUUUGAGUCGACUCAAAAGUCCUCUCCCCCACCAUUCCUAUCCCCCACCUCCCCCAUCUCCCCAAUCCGCUCCCUGCUGGCAGGACGUGGAGCCAAUCGCUGCUCGCCACGCGGGCGUGCGUGGUCAAGCACGGCGCGGUCCCCCCUGCUCCUCUCCGCCCUCUCCAUUCCCACCGCUCUGCACCCCGCUGACACCGCCAGCCUUGACACCUCCAGCCACACCACUGGUACCAGCUCAACUAGUGCAGAGGCACAUGAGUCAGCAGCAGAAGCAGCGGCGGCGGCAGCAGCAGCGGCAGCAAGGGCGUGCAUGAGUGGGGAGACAGAGGAGUACAUGCUGGGGAUCAUAGGAGGGUUGGCUCAGAGCCCUCGCCCUGCCGUGCCUCUGCCCACCAGGAAGCUCAUCGCCUGCAUCAUUCCCCACCUCGCGCACCCCUCCACCCCCACUGUUCGCAUCUACGCCCUUGCUGCCCUCGCUGCACUGGCCAAGGUCGACCCGGAGGGUGAUUAUAACGGGGGUGGCAGUGUGGAGGGGGCGGUGAGGAGGGUGGGGGGAGUGGAGAGGGAGGAGAGGGCGGAGGGGGGUGUGGUGGCGGUUGUGGAGUUGGAGGGGUUGGUGCCGGUGCUGCAGGUGGUGAGGGAUACAGCGGUGGGGGAGAGGGUGCGCCUGCAUGCUGUCUCCGUGCUCUGUGCCAUUGCUGGGCUGAAGAGCAGGGACUAUCGCUCACUGAUCGCCUUAGAGGGCGGCCUUCCCCCGCUCGUCGCCCUGCUCUCGCCCGCCUUCCCUCUCGACCUGCGCCUGCUCUCCGCCACCACACUCCGCCUCCUCUCCCUCUCCCCCGUCGUGCGCCGCUCAAUCCUCCUCACGGGCGCGCUGCUCCCUCUCGUUGACCUGCUCAGGGAGCAGCUGCCAAAUCCCUUCACCAAUGUGAGCGUGGCUGCGGCUGUGGCAGCACUGGUGCCGCGAGGAGAGGAGGAGAUGAGUGCGAGGGGACCGGUGGGGCUGUGUGCGCCGGUAGAGGAGCAGCUGGUGCUGGUAGGAGCCGUGCCGCUGCUGGUAGCCGUGCUGCUCGGUGCUGGUGGUGGUGGUGGUGAGGACAUGGUGGGAGGUGGUGGGGGGAUGGGAGAGGAGGGAGCAGCGAAUGAGGGGGAGGUGAGGCGGGCACUGAAGCGGGUGGGUGAGGUGAGCAGGCGGGGAGCAGAGGAGAUAGUGGCGUGUGGAGGGACGAGGAUGCUAGACAUGCUUUUAUCACGCUAG